AUGACAAUCCGUGGUUCCGUCCUCUUGCUCCUCUGGCUGUGGGCGGGCGGGGUUCCGGUCGACGGCUGCCCGCCCAAGUGCAGCUGCUUCCGCGAGCCUCGCCUCACCAUGGCCUGCCAGCAGCGCGGGCUGUCCGCCGUCCCCGCCGAGAUCCCGGGCCAUGUGCAGCGCAUCUUCCUCCAGAUCAACAAGCUGACGGAGAUCCGCUCCACCGCCUUCAGCCUGUGCCGCAACCUCACCGUCCUCUGGCUCUACUCCAACAACCUGCGGCACGUCGAGGCGGGGGCCUUCUACGGCCUGGAACGCCUGGAGGAGCUGGACAUCGGCGAUAACGGCGACCUGCGGACCAUCAGCUCCACGGCCUUCAGCGGCCUGUCCCGGCUGCAGACCUUGCACCUGCACCGCUGCGGGCUGUCCGAGCUGCCGUACGGCAUUUUCAUGGGUCUGUCCUCCCUUCAGUACCUCUACCUCCAGGAUAACAACCUCUUGGCUAUACACGACGACACCUUCCUGGACCUGGCCAAUUUAGCCGUGCUGCACCUGCACAACAACAAGAUCAAGACGGUGACGGACUUCAUGUUCCGCGGACUGUUGAGCCUGGACAGCCUGCUCUUGCACCAGAACCGCGUGAGCGCGGUGCAUCGGCACGCCUUCCACGACCUGCGCCGGCUCGCCACGCUCUUCCUGUUCCACAACAACCUGACGGCGCUGAGCGGCGAGGCCAUGGAGCCCCUCGUGGCCCUCCGCUACCUGCGCCUCAACGGGAACCAGUGGGUGUGCGACUGUCGGGCCAGAACGCUGUGGGACUGGUUCAAGACCUUCCAGGGGUCCAGCUCGCAGCUCGAGUGCCACGUGCCAGAGCGCCAUGUCGGAAAAGACCUGAAAAGGUUAAAGAGCGACGAUCUGGAGGGCUGUUACGACAGCCACCGACAUACGUGGACCAGCUUGCUGAACACAAGGAACAGUCGGUACGGGAAGCUCUUCAGCACAGAGAGCCCACUAGGGGCAGCGAUUCCCAGGUGCUGCCUCACAAACUCGGACAAGUCCUCAAUCCUCUCCGACAAGGGGCUUCCGGAUCUCUCCUCCUUCAACAGCCAACAGAUCACAAAGAACCCCCUGAAGGAGAAAGAGAACAUUUCUAAAACCAAGGGGCCUACGACAGGCCUCACUUUCGAAGAUUCCCCCCAGCCAGACCGGAUGCUCUUCAGCCAGGAGUACAGGAUCAACAUGGAGGCCACAUGGUACCAGACCAACAUGGAAGCCACAAGUUGUGUGAUGUAUGUUGCGUGGUUGUGA